AUGGCGUCCGUUUUCAAAGUAUCUUCAUUUAUCUCUCCUCUACACCAAAAGUUGAAUUAUGUUAGGUUUUCGCCCAAAUUUCAGCAGGUUAGUGUAAGAAAUGGGAGAUUGAAUGUUCCCGCUAUGAGAGUAAAAGCUCAGACUGCGGUUGAAGGGGAUGUGCUUGAAAAUGAACCAGAUUAUGGAGUUGUUAAUGUUCACCAUGUUGGAGUUUUAUGUGAAAACCUAGAAAGAUCUCUUGACUACUAUCAAAACAUUCUAGGUCUUAAGAUAAACGAAGCAAGGCCACAUGAUAAACUUCCAUACCGAGGUGCUUGGUUGUGGGUAGGGUCUGAAAUGAUUCACUUGAUGGAACUUCCAAAUCCAGACCCUUUAACCGGACGACCUCAACACGGUGGUCGAGAUCGUCACACUUGUAUUGCAAUUCGAGAUGUUUCUAAGCUCAAAGCAAUCCUUGAUAAAGCUGGUAUACCCUACACGCUUAGCCAUUCUGGAAGACCAGCAAUCUUUACUCGCGAUCCUGAUGCCAAUGCACUCGAGUUCACACAAAUAGAUGAUUAA